AUGACAGACGAGCAAAGAACAGCCCCAUUUUAUACAAUCCCACCCCACCAUAUAGUCAGCAUCGAGCAUCCGGGUAUAAUUCGCAAUGUCGAUAAAGCAGUCGAUACGCUCGAGGGCAACGCGGGCAUUUCCAAGAUUAUAAACUCCUCAAGGACUGAUAUAAGAGCCAAUUUGAACCUCCGCCCAGAAGAUGCCAUGUCCAGGCCUUUGCAGUCGACUGGUUCUCAGACGAACAAUGUCCUGCUCAAGGUGACUGUUCCGAGGUGGACGGGACGGAGACGGAAGAGGGGGACUGAGGAGCCGUUUAAGGAGGCACAUCAUCCAUCUGAGGAUGAUGUAUGUCCAAGACGUAGUGCGAGAGACUUGAGGAGAAGCUUAGAGGAUAAUGUUGGGAGAUAUCGGGCUGAGCCGGUGGGGAUGGUGAAUCGGACGCAUGUGUUUCGAGGAAUGCCGGAUUUCGUGUGGUCGACAUCGUCCAGCGAAUUUACCAAUCGGUUCCGUGAUCAAAUCUUGUCGUUCGACUAUAUAAAAAUGAAACAAUUCGACAUCAACAUGUCCAAGGGUGCCAUCUCCAACGUGGACAUCAUACCACCACCAUCUUACAGCCACGGGGACAUCCCAUUCAACUACUUUUACCGCCAGAACCCAACCGUUAGACAAUCUCUCGACCAAACUGGCAAACCAACAACAAUCAACACCUCCUCCGCCACAAAAAUCGCAACCCACCUCGUCCCUUACGACAUCCAAACAGUCCCCCAAGCCCCCCACCCCGGCUGUCCCCCAAUCUCAACUCUCGAGCCAGUUCUUCAAGAAACCAUCUCAGUUCUCGAAUCCCUCUUCAGCACAAGACCAGCCUGGACAAGACGCGGCCUCCGCAACUCCCUCACCAAGCUCGAGCAAAGACACGCCCUGAAAUACGCAGUUCCCUACGUCGGCUACAUCUUCCGCUCAGGACCAUGGCGCGACGCGAUCGUCAAACAUGGCCACGACCCGCGCUCCUCUCCAGACUACCGCAUCUACCAAACAGCCAUGUUCCGCCUCCUGCCCCGUGACCCUGAAGUCGCGCGUGACGGCGGCGGAAGCGCCAACACCCUUACAGACACCACAGGCACUACGACAACUGGUAGUGGCGGACACGGCGGCAUGAAAUCUAACCGCCGCCACACUCACACCCGCUACUCCGACGUCGUCGCCAUAAACCCUUUCGCAAACCCAUCCUCCAGAACAACACUCUCCGCAGAUAACACCUUCACAACAACUACCCCCGUCCCCGCCGAAACAACACAUAUCUUUACAGGCACCCCGCCUCUCCAUCACGACGGCCGAAUGUGGAUGUUCUGCGACAUCGCAGACCCCCUGCUCCGAAACUUCCUCUUCCCGCCAAACCCGUCUGACCCAACAAAGCCACCCCCAGGCUUCCUCAGGGAGACAUGCGAACCGGUUACAGACGGGUGGUACGGGACUGGUACGAUGGCGAAAGCGAAGGCUAUAAUGCGUGCCAAGAUCCUGGCUCUAACUGAGAACCGGAUUACGGAUGAUGAGGCUGAGUUUGGAAGGAUUCUUGCGUUUCCAGAUCAUGUGAACGAGGAGAAUUUGAAUGAGGACGUUUUGAAAUUCUCGUGUGAAGGGGAAGAAGUUAGUUCGAGGGAGAUGCAGAUGGCUACUGAUAUUAGGGCUGCGAUUAGGGGUGCUGUUAGUUGGAGGGCUGUUGUUAGUCGGCGUGGGAGUGUUGAUGGAAAGGGCGGGGAGGCCGGGAAGAAAGUGCAGUGGGAGGAUGAGGGUGAGGGUGAGGGUGAUGAAGGGAGUGAGGGGGAGGAGGUUGAGAUGCAGAAUCAAGAGGGCGAGGAUGAGGAUGAGAACCAGGACGGGGAUGAUACGGAUCAAGAUGAGGAUGACGAGAUGGAUGAGGGAUCUUGA